UUAUUAUUUGUUUAUAUUUGUAUUGGGAUUCUGAGGUUUGUUUGUUUACAUAUGAAUAAGUUACAUAUAAGUCUAUCAACGCUCAUUAAAUUUUAACCAGAACAAUUCCCUGAAGCGUAAGACAAACUGCAGUCUUUUUCAAGGCUAGGUUAGAAGGGGUUUUCGUUGAAUCCUGACUGUAUCUCGCCGUAUCCAGUUAAAUACUGUGCUUUAGAAAAAAAAAAGACAUUCUUUUUUUGAAAAGUUAUGUUUAAUUCUAAAUGUACAUAUGUCCUGCAAAGCCUUUUCUUUUUUAUAGGGUUCUCCCUAGCAGAACGAAUAACGGCUGAUCAGUAUGGCUUUGACGAAAUCACUUUAACCGCUAAUCCACUUGAGCCCCUCACCGAGUUCAAUCAUUCUUUGAUGAACCUCAGUGGUGCCGCUUUUGAGCAUGGUUCUUUGAACUACUCAACGGAUCUUUCCAGCGACACCUUAUGGUCUUCUCGAUUUUCAACGCCUCUAAUUGAGACCCCUGAAGUUAAAUAUCCCGAAUUAAAUAGUUCGGUAGUUGGUGAGCAAUUUGCUGAGUAUUUCAACUCUUUAGAUUUUGAAGGAAAGGCGGCAUUGGCUGCUUUAAAUGCUUUACAGCACUCUUAUGGCUCUUCGCAUGUUCGCAGGUUUACCCCGUAUGAGCUUUUUGGUCAAUCCAAUUGGGUCGAAGAAGCUACCGAAAUCAAUCAUGUCGCUUGGUCUAUUAUGUUUGAUAACCUUGGCCGCUACUUUUUACUGGAAUUGAGAGGACUUCGUGAACUUACUUUCGCCUUCUAUAUUUUGUUUGCUCUUCUCCCUAUCAUUACUGGUGUUUCGACAGUUUAUAUCUUUAAAAGAAGAUAUUACGCAGUAACUUUCAAUCAACGGGGUCGAUCCGAUAAAUCCGUUAAACAGCUUGAGAAUACUUCUGAGAGUGAUUUUAAUGACUCCCCAAAAUUUGCAGCAACUCUUGCGUUACCAGAAAACGAUGAACCGUUGAUUGUGAGGGAACCUCCUCAGGAGCGUUUAAGUAUUUUAUUUGCUACUCUUGAAUACAACAUCCCAGACUGGAAUAUUAAAAUUAAGAUUGGUGGUUUGGGAGUUAUGGCUCAGCUCAUGAGUAAUAACCUUAAACGCUAUGAUUUAAUCUGGGUAGUCCCUUGCGUCGGCGAUAUCGUGUAUCCAGUUGCUGAAACUGCACCUUCCAUCAUGGUUAAAAUUGUCAAUCAAAAUUAUGAAGUGAAAGUUUACUAUCACUAUCUGGAAAACAUCAAGUAUGUCAUUCUUGAUUGUCCUAUUUUCAGGAAGCAGACGUCCCGCGAUCCUUACCCACUCCGCAUGGACGAUUUUUCCUCUGCUAUAUUUUAUAGUAUUUGGAACCAAUCUAUCGCAGCCGUAAUGUCAUAUGAGAAUCCUGAUAUUUAUCAUAUCAAUGACUAUCAUUGUGCUCUAGCUCCUUUAUAUAAUCUUCCGAAAAUAGUACCCUGUGCUGUUUCAUUGCAUAAUGCGGAGUUUCAGGGUCUUUGGCCUCUCCAGUCUGCACGCGAUUUACGAGAAGUUUGUGGACUUUUUAAUCUUUCUAAAGCAGUAUGUAAGGGCUACGUACAAUUUGGCAAUGCUUUCAAUUUAAUGCACGCAGCUGCCUCAUACGUUCGCAAGCAUCAAUCUGGUUUUGGUGUGGUUGGUGUUUCCGAUAAGUAUGGUCAUAGGUCUUGGGUUCGUUAUCCCGUUUUCUGGAGCUUAAAGAAGGUUGGACAUUUGCCUAAUCCAGAUCCAACUGACAUUGAUCCUGCUAUGCAGUCGGAAGUACAAGAGUUGCCUGAUUUGGUUCAAUAUAAUGAAAAGCGGAAGACUGAAAAGCGAAAAGCUCAGGAAUGGGCCGGGUUGAUUGUUGACGAUACUGCCGACCUUUUGGUGUUUGUUGGACGCUGGUCUGUGCAGAAAGGUGUUGACCUCGUUGCAGACCUUGCGCCUACUCUAUUAGAGAAGUAUAACACACAACUUAUCGUCGUAGGUCCUGUAAUUGAUUUAUACGGCAAAUUUGCUGCUGAAAAAUUCGCAUAUAUUACGGAGCGGUAUCCCGGACGCGUUUUUUCUCGCCCUGAAUUUGUUCAUUUACCUUCAUUCAUAUUUGAUGGUGCUGAUUUUGCGUUGAUCCCUUCUCGCGAUGAACCAUUUGGUUUGGUUGCAGUAGAAUUUGGUAGAAGGGGAGCUAUUUGUAUUGGUGCAUGCGUUGGUGGAUUAGGUGAAAUGCCUGGCUGGUGGUAUACUGUUGAAUCGUCAACUACUCCUCAUCUCUUGAAGCAAUUUGAGACUGCUUGCUCUAGAGCUUUAAAAUCUUCUCCUGAAACACGCCAUAGUCUUCGUGUGGCUGCAGUUCAACAACGCUUUCCUGUUACUGAGUGGGUGACCUUAUACGACAGGUUAAUUAAGAAAUGCAUUAAGACGAAUAGGAAGGUAUUUAAGUCGAAUAGCUUUAGUGAGCAAUCUGGCAAUACUCCUGCCGAGUUGCCAAUCAUUCAAAUAGACGAUACAGACCGAGUUGACAUGGUUGACGAACCUAACAUUGAUAGCCAGGAAAUCCCUGAAACAACAGAAUCACCCACUCCGGCGCCUGAAAGCAAUAGCUUAAUUUCUGAUCAACUUAGCCCAGAAAAACUUGACGAAUUAAUGGAAGAUGAUAACGAUUCAGUAUCAUCUUCCGUAAUUAGUCGACCUUUAUCGGAACUAACUUACAUCUCUCAGAGUUCAAUGAAUUUUGGCACUAAACUCGAUGAAAGAUUUAUUGAUGCAAAUGGUGUGGCAAUCACAGAAUUUUCAGCAGAACUAAGUUCCUUGACCCCAGAAAAUUCCAAAUCAAAACUGUGUAUCGAUCACUUUUUGAUGAAUGUCUUGCAUAAAUGGUACGACGAAGAACACCACUAUUAUAAGACCGGUUUCCGUCCUCGCUUUUACAAGUACUUGAGAACGAGAGGCAAGAAACCACGAGAACUUAAUGAUGGCUCUAGCGAAAACCUUACGGAAGGCUCCUUUAAGGAAUUUGACGGCCCCGUUAAAGGUGUAGCUAGAAAUCAGCUAUCUACAUGUCAGCGAGUGAUGUAUGUAAAGGUAUUUGGCUGGCCAAUGUAUGCUAUUUUCCUUGCUUUGGGUCAGAUUUUAUCAAUCUCUUCAUUUCAUUUAACUCUUUUAUCCGGAUUCGAAACAAGUCAUGUUGCCUCUAUGUAUGUAGUUAACGCAAUAUUUAUACUCUCCACUUUCUUUUGGUGGGGCCUUUACAGAAAUUUUGCUAGCAUUCAUUGUCUGUCAAUCCCGUUUACUAUAUAUGGUCUAGCGUUUACCAUGACUGGUAUCUCAUCCAUGCCCUUCAUUCAAUUUACGACGAGAGGGUGGUUGAGUUAUGGAGCUACUUGGAUCUAUGCUAUCGCAGCAUCUAGUGGACCUUUGUAUUUUACAUUGAAUUUCGAAGACGAGCAUACUAAAGGCUUAGGUUCUUGGGUUACGCGAGCUUGCAUUCUACACGGCCUUCAACAGUUGUGGACAGCUCUUCUUUGGCUUUGGGGAACGGUAUAUAGUCGUUUAGACUGGAACUAUGCUAUACUAAUCAAACCUUUGAAUCAUGUACUCGUUGCAGCUGCUGUUUGGCCAAUUGCAUUUGUGCUCAUGAUGACUACGAUCAUGUUGUACAAAGGCUUACCCCCCUUUUAUCGACAGACGCCAGGUAGUAUACCAGCAUUUACUAAGUCUUUGUUCCAUCGUCGAGUAGUUGUAUGUUUCUUACUUAUGGUUGCCAACCAAAACUUCUGGAUGUCUACACUAAUUGGUCGUGGAUGGAGAUUUUUCUGGAAUUCUGAGCUCACCGUGCUUUGGAAAGUAGUUGUCAUGAUGUUCUCUUUCCUUGUUUUCUUAUGGGUUGCAUUAUUAACGUUGUUGGGAAGACUAUCAAAUACCCAUACUUGGUUAAUUCCGGUAUUGGGCUUAGGAUUUGGAGGAAUCAAAUGGAUUCAUGUAUUCUGGGGAACCUCGAACAUUGGAUUCUUUUUGCCUUGGGCUGGAAUUUCGGGAGCAUAUUUGGGUCGUGCUUUGUGGCUUUGGCUAGGAGUCUUAGAUUCUAUCCAAGGAAUUGGAUGUGGUCUUAUUCUUCUUCAAACGCUAUCUCGAAGACAUGUGACGAAUACAUUGCUGACUGGUCAAGUGAUUGGUUGUUCUAUUACACUACUAGCAUCUUCAGUAUCACCUACCAAAACCGGCCCAGGCAGUGUAUUCCCAGAUAUAACUUCUUAUACGCCAGUGGAUGGAUUACAGCCAAUUUCUAAUUUUCCCUUUUGGGCAUGUCUUUUACUAAAUGUUAUUUUGUGUGGUGCCUAUCUAAAAUGCUUCCACAAAGAAAAUAUAAACAGGCCUUAAUGAUUUCUUAUAGAAAGGUGUUAAUACAGGUCUUUUUUUAUGAUAGUUUAAUAUAAGAUUUAUAUGAUUUGUACAUUAGCAA